AAUCUUUCAAUUCGAUUCCAAAUCAAGAAAAUCAAAAAACUACCAUCUCAUUCUCAAGUUCAUCAUCAACAACAUCCCUCAUGACUAUUUUCAAUCGAAAGUCUUCACAAAAGCUAGAUCCCAAUAACAAUACUACGGCUGAAGAUAAACAGAAAUGGUCCCGCCGACCUGCCAAUACCGCAUUCAAGCAACAGCGUCUCAAAGCUUGGCAACCGAUCCUUACUCCCAAGACGGUUCUUCCCAUUUUCUUUCUCAUCGGAGUCAUCUUCGCGCCAAUCGGUGGUAUUUUGCUUUGGGGAAGUAACAAAGUCACAGAAUUUACCAUCGAUUACACUGAUUGUGACACGGCUGCACCUCGAGUUCAAGCUGGUGGGGACACGAACAAUGGCUUUCAAGCGCUACCGGCUAGUAAAUACACCUAUCAUAUCAGCUCAUCUAAUGGCACUGCUCCUGCUCCGCCCGCUUGGCUGUUUGUGAAUAACCAGGCUGAUGCGAACAUCUCCCGUCAAUCACUAUGUCGCCUUCAGUUUCAACUUCCAGUUCCACUUGACCCACCCGUUUUCAUGUAUUAUAAACUCACCAAUUACUAUCAAAAUCACAGACGAUACGUUAAAUCACUCUCCACAGGUCAAUUCAAAGGCAAGAUUGUCUCAAUCGACACCCUUGACCGAGAUGAUCAAUGUAAACCUGUGGCUCGCUCACCUUCGAACCCUAACAUGCCAAUAUACCCAUGUGGACUAAUAGCGAACAGUCUUUUCAAUGAUACCUUUCUUUCACCUGUACUAUUAAAUCCACCCAACUCAAACUCAAAUGGAUUAGUCUAUCAAAUGUCAGAAAAGGGUAUAGCAUGGGGUGGUGAAGCUUCAAAGUAUAAGAAAACUCAAUAUACAAAUUCACAAGUCGCUCCUCCUCCAUUCUGGAUUAAUCGGUACCCUAAUGGUUAUACCGAUGAGAAUCCAAUUCCUGAUUUAAGUCAGGACGAACAUUUUCAAGUUUGGAUGCGUACAGCUGGCUUACCCACUUUUCGAAAGCUUUAUUUCAGACAAGACACCGAUCGAAUGCUGGCAGGAACAUAUGUCAUUGAUAUCUACAUGAAUUACCCUGUCAGUCAAUUUGGAGGCACCAAAUCGAUUGUCUUUUCAACUGUAAGCUUCAUCGGAGGCCGUAACCCGUUUUUAGGAAUUGCAUACAUUGUAGUAGGAGCCUUAUGUUUCUUGAUCGGAGCUCUAUUGACCAUUCGACACUUGAUCAAACCAAGAAGACUCGGAGAUAUGAAGCAUCUUUCAUGGAAUACUCCUAAGCAAAAGUAAAAAUGCGGGAUCUCAUGCAUCAUGCUAGUUUCUACAUUCAUCUGAACAUCUUCUUCUAGUUGUGAAUGGAUUGGUCUACCUUUAACUUGUGUUUAUUUGUUUUUGUUUACUGUACGUGAAUGUAUGGUGUGAUUAUGUUCAGUGAUUGAUGUUUUCAGAUGGUGACAGUAUUAUGAAUGUGAUCAUAUGGUGUCUUUGUUUCUGUAUAAUAUAACGACCUUUCAAGUAUUCUCUUUUUCUUUCAGAACGUUUUUUUCAUUUGUCUUCUUCGUCAUUUUUUGUUUUACAUUUUCGUACACUCUCACAUUUACUAGUGCAUUUUGCUAUCUCAUUAACCUUUACUAUCCUGACAUCCUGAACAAAGUGUUGCUCUCGCGACUGUUCUUC